AUGACUUGGAAUGAUUUGAAAAGAGUCUUCCUAGAGAGAUACUUUCCUGCCUCCAGGGCUGCAUCAAUCCGAAAAGAUAUAUAUGGUAUUAGACAGGGAAAUGAGUCAUUGGCUGAGUAUUGGGAGAGAUUCAAACAAUUAGUAUCCAGCUGCCCUCAACAUCAAAUUAUCGAACAACUGCUUAUUCAGUAUUUCUAUGAGGGAUUGUUACCAAUGGAUAGAAACAUUCUUGAUGCUGCUAGUGAUGGAGCACUUGUUGAUAAAACUCCAGUUCCUGCUAAAGCCCUGAUUGAGAACAUGUCACUCAACUCCCAACAAUUCACAACCAAAAAUAAUUUUAUGGUCCAAAUAAAAGGUGUGAAUGACAUUCAGGUUUCCUCUUCCAACAAGGCCUUAGAAACCAGAAUUGAAGAGCUUACUUCUUUAGUGAAACAAAUGGCAGUGAGUAAACCUCAAACAACAAAUUUGUGUGGUAUUUGUACUUCUACUGAACAUCCAACUGACACAUGUCCUAUUCUUCAAGAUGAGUCGGUCACUCAGUUGCCUCAAGCAUAUGCAGCUAACUUUUUCAACCAAAGCAACAAUCAGAAAGGGUACAACAUUCCUGACUUGUCCACCAACAAAUAUCAUCCCAAUCGGAGGAACCAUCCAAACCUUCGAUAUGGAAACCAGCAGCCCACCCAACAACAAUUAGUCACACCCCUGCCACAGACCACUCCCCAAGUCUCCACCUCUGCACCUUCCGGACCUUCAUUAGAGGAUCUUGUCAAACAAAUGACUGUGAAUAAUCUCCAAUUUCAGCAACGAACAAAUUCCAGUCAUAAUGCUAAUGUGAGUGCAAUUUCGUUGAGAUCCGGGAAGGUAACAGAAUCAUCCCCAGAAAAAAAUAAAAAAUUUCUUGAGGUAACACCUGAACCUUCUUCCGUUGUGAUAGAAACUGAACCCUCUGUUGUGGUAGAAACUGAAAAAGAAAAAGAGAAGGAGUAUGUGCCACCAGUUCCCUUCCCACAUAGAAUACUGAAAAAUAAAAGGACUGAUAAUGGAGACAAUGAGAGAGAGAUUUUAGAUGUGUUCAGAAAAGUGGCGGUAAACAUUCUGCUUCUUAAUGUUAUUAAGCAGGUUCCAAAGUAUGCAAAAUUUCUAAAAGACUUGUGCACAAGUAAGAAAAGGUUGAAGGGCAAUGAGAGAGUAAAUUUGGAACAAAACAUUUCAGCCCUUAUCCAGCCUAAACAUUCACCAGAAAAAGCUACUGUUUCAUCCCUCAAUCAGGCCAUACCCCAAAAGCGAAAGGAUCCAGGAACUUUUUAUAUUCCAUCAUACAACAUACAUUUUAAUCAUUCAACUAGCGAACAGAAGUAA